GGAAGGGUGAGAAAGAUCUAUAAUAGCAGAAUGCGGCGCAUCCUUCUGUUUUGCAUUGCCGUCUCAAUAAAUCUCGGCGGCGAUGCUUAUCGUCUGACAAUGCCUCUCACACACACACGCCAACGCCAGUCCUUCAGAUCUGGGCGGAGGCUCACACCAAUCAUGGUAUAAACGUCAGCGCAGAAGAUAGUGCCACAACACUGUGCACAAAAAGGGCUUUCCAAUUGUCUGCCUCAGCUCACAUCUGUGUCAUGUAAUCUUCACGUAGAUGCCCUCGCUAAUCGUCACAAGCACUGCAGAUCUUGACAAGGCCGCCGAGGACGCCUUUCUCACCGAGGCCAGCAGUGCAGUCGCCUCUGGCCUGGGCAAGCCUGAGUCCUACAUGCUCGUCAGCUAUACCAGGAGUAACAUGCGGUUCGGUGGGUCAGAGGGGCCCGUGGCGUUUGUCUACCUUGCCUCCAUCGGCAAGAUAGGCCCUGACACGAACCCAAAGGUUAGAUGGGAUGGGCACAACAGUGAAUGAAUGAUUGAGGCCCAGAGGAGGGGCACGGCCCAUUCCCUGGCUGUGUGUGUGUGUUUGUCUGGAGCUGCAGGUGUCGGCGACCAUCAGGUAGAGAUUAUCACGUCGUGUGGUACUGAACAGAGGAGAGCCUGCGUGAUUGCUGUCGUUGUGACAUGCCUACCUGUCGCUGCUGCAGCGGCCUCGUGGAGAAACACUUGGGUGUACCCUCCGACAGAUGGUCAGUCAGUCGUAGCACAGCAGCUACGAACCGUUUGGCUCACGUAUAUGUGUGGUGCCUGUGCUGUGCAGCUACAUCCAAUUCGUGGACUCGCCCGGUUCAAAUUUCGGCUACCGGGGCGGCACUUUCUGAAGGCCGCGCGUGCGCGAGGUACUGUUGCUCGUCUGAUUGGCAAAAGUAGACAUACGGAUAGAGUCUUUGGGGUCGGGUGCUGCUUUUGGUUUUAUCGGCAUACGCUAUCAGCCGACUGCCGACAGACACACCUACACCCCUCCUUCCUGGCCCUUCCCAGGCGACAAGUACGAGGCGACAUCUGGAGGAAAGGCACACGUGGGAGAGCAGCUUCGUGAGUCUUUGCGCAGGAGUGUGGGCACACGGAUGCGAUCCAUGAAUCAACGGUGGAUGGGAUGUGCAAUGGUAUGGUGCCGACUUACUUGGUCGUUGCGUGUUGGUCGCAAAGUAAUGAACGCUUACGUGUGCAGUGCAUGCCGUGGUUGAUUCCAUAUAACAUAUUAUCUGGUGAUGAUGAGAUUGGAUUAAGAAUGUGGAUCUGUCUGUCCAUCGAUAUGAUAUCGAUUCG